AUGUCUCUAACGGCCGUAAGCGAUCUUCUUAAGGAAAGCGAUGCCAUGCUGGAUGAGGUCCUGCGGAUCAGAACCAUUAUUCAGCAGUCCAAAGACGCGUCUGCAGCAGAGCUUCUACGCCGCGUUCGCUAUGAGGCGGCAGCCGCCCAGUUCAUUCCCUCAGAUACCAUAACCACGCAGCAACUGGAGGAAAAUGCUAGGCUCUUGAAGGAGCAAGCGGAGGUCUCCAGUGACGCCUUUGAUGAUCUUAGGCUCACAGAUGAGGAGGUGCACCAAUUUGAGCUUGAGCUUCAGGAGAGAGCAGCAGAGGGCAUCGAUAAAGUUCCGAAGAGCAAUCCUACCGGUGGACCGCCUAAACCCGGCUCUCGGCGUGGCCAACGAAAUGUGAAGGGGUCUUCGGGUAAGCCACAUCUCCAGGGUAAGUCCCGGGGUAGUGAUCGCCUCCAGAAAGGGACUAGCCAGCCUCAGGGACCGUCCCGUGUACUAAGCGCUGAUAGCUCCAUGUCAGCAGAGCAAAGCGAUUCGUCGCACAACUGUGGAGACUCAGCAGUUCUUCUCUCUGUCAUUCUGCAAGAAGGCACCUCUUAUGCACCAGAGAACCCUGACGGGGACCGCUGUGAUGCAAACAGCGGAGUGCUCUCAGAGACGCAGGAUCUUGAUGAGAUGCUUGACGGCCUUCUGGAGUACCACGAGAAACUGGAAAACGACCGUGUGGACGGGUGUCGGGGUCGGGUUUUCCAGACAGAAUUGCCAACCAUCCUGGAGUCUCAGACAUCGUCCCCAGGCGCUUCCCAGUACACUGCAUCUGAGGCAUCCCUUCUUCCAGAUCCAACAUACAACCCCAAUAACAUCUACAAUCCGAACUUUACAGUACUAUUAACUGAAAAAGAAAACGACAAAGUUGAGAAACUUUUGGCAGAGGAUCUCCCCACUGAAAAUGCGUUUCGGCUUUCAAACGAAGACAUCCGCCGCGAUGCCGAGAUAUGCGCACAGCUGUCCAUGCUUGUUCCGCUGGACCGUAGCGACAUGAUCUAUGCCCCAACCUUCACAACAGAAGCCUCUGCCGACGAAACCGUAGAGACGGCCUCUAAGCGGCCAUCACGUCCUUACACGCACAACUCGUCCUCAACGCUCGUGACUUUGUCAGAGCCUUCCCAUAUGACGGAGCGAGGGCGGGAACUUUGGGCCAAGCAUACCAGAGGCCUGUCACUGGGCGAGCCACUGGACAUCUUUGUUCCUCGCCUCAAGUCUGGAGUCCCUGACUAUUUGAAGGAGCAGCGGCGAGACAACAUCUUGGUCCAAUAUUACUCUGCGAUUUCACAGUGCUUGAACGAGCUUAAAAAAGACAGAAGCCUCAUCCACAUGACAGGAGAGAGAGUGAAAGAACUCCUCACGGACUUCUAUAUGACCCCAACAAACUUUGAACUAGUAGGAGACCUCCACAAAGCCAUGGAUAGUGUUGCGUCGAGCUCUCUUCCCUUGCGCAGUAUAGGAGACGAUGAGACCCCCCUAACACCUCAACUCAUCCAGAAACCUGAAGACCUUGUACGGAACAUCCUUCCUCCAGAAGAUCGUGAAAAGCUAGACGACAUUCUCUCAAGGGUGCGUAGCGAUGCGUUGGAAGUUAUUGAAACAGAUGAGUAUUACAAAGAUCUGGAUCUGACGGAGUAUAUUAAGACGGCCACGGCUUUGCAGGACUUGAAUGCCGAUCCUGAAUCCUCUCCUAAAAGCUACACAGCAUAUUCACGUGCACUAGAUGUUGAUGAUAAUCCAGGGAUACAGGAUCCACUUCUUCUUAAGAUCUACCGUGAGAGGCAGGCCGCUGCUCAAAACGCCGAUAAUAUCGAGAACAGCAGCUGCGACUACAGCAGCAUCAGUGAUGAUUAUGAUUUCGAAGAUUAUAAAUCUAACCAACUUCUAACAGACCAAGAAAUUAAGCGCGAGACCAAGAAGUUAUUAGAUGGAAAAGAUCAGGAGGGAGGGAAGUUGUAUACGAUAUUGCAAGACGGAACAGGCCUAAACACCGAAGUAAUGUCAGGGGCUGCAGGCCCUACCAUAGCCCACUUCUCUCUGCACCAGGGCACUGACGUCAGCACUGCAGGGCUGGGAGGCACAACGGCAACAUCUGAGGCAACUGAUAGGACUGCCAACAAGACCAAGAUCAAAACCAAAAAGCAGCUCACGAACACUGAACUGUUGGCCAAAAAGAGCAAAAAUCUUAGCAACAAGUUCCAAGAGAUAAUAAACCGUUCUAAGCCAUCAGAGAUGACUGCAGAGCUUAACCGCGUCUACGAGGAUCUCCAGCCAGAUGACGUAGACAAGAUCCUUUCGGGUCCACAGGCCAAUCAGCAUAUCCAGACACUCAAAAGGCAAGGGAUAGCUUUACUGGAUCUAGAGCCGGUCGGCACGGAGUGUUCAGGUCAGUCGAUGACGACCCAGAACACGUCUGCAUCGUCAACUGUGCUUGGAGCCUCAUCUGGAAGAAGCUCUGCCAAGCCUGUCCUGGCAAAGUCGGGCACAAAGGCGUCGUCUUCAAAAGUUCAUAGCAGAAUUCCGCAAAUACAAGAUCACUAG